UAUUUGCACGACGCACUUGCAAGUAACAACUUGCACGACUCAAACGCCCCCAGAACCACACAACCAGAAACCCAUUUUUAAACUCAAAACAGCAGGGAAACAACACAGCACAUAACCACCGCCGACAGGCCGCACAGCACGCGCAACGCAGCAGACCACACUGCAGAUAUGUCCCUGAAAAGAACGAUACGUGACGACGAGCAUUCAGUUGUCGCCGUAGAGGUAGAGAGCGGCGACGCGUGCAUGCGAUCAAGCCCAGCCGAAGAACAACGGCAGGAGGGGCAGGAGGAGCAGCAGCAGCAGCAGCAGCAGCAGCAGCAGCAGCAGCAGCAGGGAGAAGGAGGAGAGACCGCAGGAGGAGAAGAAGGAGACGCUCCCGACGAAACCGUGAGAUCUUAUUUUGAUCAUGGUUCAUCAAAAUAAACGUUCAGACAGGAUAUUUGUUUUGACAGGAGGAUUGGACUACAUAAAUACACGAAGAUGAGAGCGCCAACGUAUUUUCAUCAUGGCUCACCAAAAUAAACGUUCAGACAGCAGGAUAUUUGGUUUGACAGGAGGAUACUUCGAGGUAUAUACGGAGAAUGUCUGUAUGUUGAUGUAUGGAAUUUACGUUGUCUGUCAUUAUGUGAUGAGAUGGUACUGCGAUGUGCUGGGUGCCUGCAUGUAUGUACUGCUGCGCUGGGGGGCAUGGAAGUAUUGGAGGUGCUCUUGGAGAGGUCUAACCCAUAGGAUGGCGAAUGAGAAGAAUUCGGGGAUAGGGGCGAGUGUGACAGGGGUGCGUGCGG